GAGAGGAAAAUCUGCGUUAAUUGGAGAUUAGAGAGUUAAAGAGUGGAUUACAAAUUAUAAAUAGCGUGGGAUCAAGCCAAACCCAAAAGCCGUACAAAAGGUUCGCACAAAAAGGUUCCAAGUUUAUCGAUGCUGGUCACUGGGCAGUGAUCACUACGAUCUCUUCGACUUCUGCAAUUUACUCGAUCAAUUAAAUGGCGUCAAUCUCUUCCAGCCUUCGCACCGUCGAAGAUAUCUUCAAGGAUUACAACGCUCGACGCACAGGCCUUGUGCGAGCCCUCACUUAUGAUGUUGAUAUGUUCUACUCGCUUUGCGAUCCUGGUGAGUGUUCGGUUCUUUUGUUUUUUUUUUUUUUUUUUUUUUUUUNGGUGACUUUGCCUGCCGAGGAAGUUCCAUCCGAGCUCCCUGAGCCCGCGUUGGGGAUCAAUUUUGCAAGAGAUGGGAUGAAGCGCAGAGACUGGCUUUCGCUGGUGGCUGUGCACAGCGAUUGUUGGUUGCUUUCAGUGGCGUUCUAUUUUGGUGCUCGACUCAACCGUAAUGAGCGGAAGCGGCUGUUUAGUAUGAUUAAUGAUCUACCCACUCUAUUUGAAGUUGCGUCUGGAAGGAAAGCUGUUAAAGACAAACCCAGUAUGGACAGUGGAAGUAAAUCCAGAAACAGCACAAAGAGAUCACUGGACGGGUCGAUUAGAAACAGCAAUCCAAAGCUACUGGAUGAGAGUUAUGUAGAGGAGGAAGAUGAGCAUGGUGAUACUCUGUGUGGGAGCUGUGGAGGGAACUACAACGCAGAUGAAUUUUGGAUUGGAUGUGACAUAUGCGAGAGGUGGUUCCAUGGAAAAUGUGUGAGGAUAACACCAGCUAAGGCAGACAAUAUCAAGCAAUACAAAUGCCCCUCUUGCAGCACAAAGAGAGGAAGACAGUAGCGCACCGAGACAGACACCAUCAUGUAAAGCACACAUUUUGUGGGAGUUAACCUUUAUGUCUUGGAAAAAAACUGUUGGUAGGGGAUUUACUUGUGAUGAGGGUUUAUAGGGGUGGGUUAUAAAGUUAACACUCUAACGGAUACGUAAGCCAUGAGUUGAAGCUAGUUUUCUUUUCGUUCGCGUUCGUUCGUUUUUUUAUUCAUACAUGUUCCUCCUCGUAUAGUUUGGUGCUUGAAGAUUGAUUGAUCUUUCCUUUGUUAUAAUGAUAUGAAUGAUAUGAAUGAAAUGAUUUGAUCAUUCAUGUUA